AUGGCUCACGGCAGCCCUGUGCCUGAACUAUACAAGUCUGUUAUCGAAGAUGUGAUUGAAGGUGUGCGGGAACUCUUUGCAGAGGAGGGUGUAGAGGAGCAGGUUCUAAAAGACUUGAAGCAGCUUUGGGAAACGAAGGUGACACAAUCUAAAGCAACAGAAGGCUUCUUCAUACAUAGCCACUGUUCUCAACGGUUCAGUCUGCAGCUGCCACACAGUUCUCACAGCAUUUUGCAGACUUCAGCAGCUUCUUUUGUCCUCCAACCUGGCAGAGGUUUUCAGCAUUUCACAGCGGCAAAACUGUUAUUAAUAGGCUUCAGGAGGGAGAAUUGUAACACUACUGCUUCUGUUGGAGCAGUGAAAAAGGAUGGGAUGUACCAGCUGGUUCUGCAGGAAGGGCCUCCAGGAGUAGGUGUGGCUCUUGCUCUCCCAUCAUGUGUUACUUAUCCUUUACAGACGCCAGCUGGAGUGAUGCUGCAGCCAGCACCAGGACAACUUUACAAGGUGAAUGUGCCUGUUGUGGUCACCCAGGCCUCAGGAGAUGGAAGCAUUCUCCAUUGCCCGGUGCAGCAGGUGUUUCACCCCCUGGGGCAAGCUUCAGUUCUGCAGGCCAGCCUUGCCAGUGCCACACAGGUGACUGCAUCUGCUGCCCAUGCAGCUGGUGAAACGCUGCAGCCCCAGGAGACUGCUGUCCAACAGGCUGUGCUGUUCAAACCAACUAAUGUGGAAAAACAACAGCUGGAGAGCUCUGUUAUGUUGGUCCAGCAGCCUUCUGUGAGUCUGCAGGAAUAUGAAAUUAAUGCAGUAUUGAAUCAGUGCAGUGAAUCCUCAGAAAAAAUCCAGCAUGACAAUCUUCACACAGCUGUGUUUACUCCAGAAUGCUCUGAAGGACCUUUUGUUGAUGAAUCCUUGGCAAGCAGCUCAAGCAGCAUCCUGCUGGAUGUGGAGGGGCAGCUGGACAUGGAGCAUCCAGAGCUGCUGCAGCAGCAGGUGUCUGAUGAUAUCAUUGACCUGAUUAUUGCAGGGGAAAGUUUGGAUGAAAAUGUGUUUCUGAAGGAUCAGGGCAGCAUUGCUUCCUCUGACAAGAUGGAACCCAUGGAGCAGACAGAAUCUGAUUUACCACUGGAGAAGGAUCUCUGCAGUGACACUGAAGGAAUAAGUCAGCUUGAUGGCACUGGGGAUGUUUCUUCCAAUGAACAAAUACCACAUACAAAAGAUAAAGAAGAGAAUGAAUUGAUUGGCUUUAUUGAUUCAGAGGAUCUAAGAGUUCUGGAUGAUGAGGAAGACUAUGAUGAAGAAUGUGACAGUUCUUCAAACAUCGAGUCCAGCUGCAGUGAUGGGGACAAUGAAGACCUCCAGAUAGAUAUAGUUGAGGAGGACCCCUUAAACUCUGGUGAUGAUGUCAGUGAACAGGACGUUGCAGACUUGUUUGACACCGAAAAUGUGAUAGUUUGUCAGUACGAAAAGAUACAUCGAACUAAGAACAAAUGGAAGUUCUUCUUAAAAGAUGGAGUGAUGUCCAUUGAGGGUAAAGACCAUGUUUUUGCCAAAGCCAUUGGAGAUGCAGAGUGGUGA